UCGUGUGUCGAUGUUAUUUCAUUCUUAGUUUCUAGUGAUUGCAAGAUUUGCAACUUUAUUCGUCUAUAGCAAGAGAUCGCGUCCUUUGAGUUCGGAACUAGCUGAAACGUCACUGUCGGCCAUAGCGUUCAGGUGUCACUUGGAGCAUAAGCCAGGUGAACUGCAAACUACGGUGACGUGUGUGAAAUUUCUCAGGUGGUAUCAACCAUGCCAUUUGCAUUCCAUUUCCGUCGACUUAUGUACAUAUUCUUGCUGGUGGGAUGCAUGUAUAUUACAUUUCAAAUUGUACGGCUCCAGCAGGGUAGUGGCUAUUUUGAUGAUGUGGACAGAUCAUCCAGGCUGAAGCAGAUAAACUUGAUGCUCCAUUCAUCAUCAGCACAGACCUGGAGAAAACUCUCAGCCGGAGGCCAGGCAUGUCGACACCCUCAAUUGGAGGUGCACAGUCCAGAGAUAAUGAAGUUCAUCAAGUCAUCCCCACCAAUAGAUUGUGGAGAUAACCUAGACUGGGUGAGAGUUAAUGGGAGCACCGUUUUUAUCACAGAUGAAGCUCGGUCAAGGCUUGGCAACAUUCAGUGUGCCUUCACAGAUAUCCUUCGAGUAAAUGACCACAGCACACAUGAUGGAGUCACAACACAGACACACACUGAAUACAAUCUGGAGGAAAGUGAUUUUGUUCGUGUUCUCUGCAAGACAAGUAAAGGGGAGAUAUGGAGCAACAUAAUGGCAGGAAUCCGCCAUGAUCAAGAUGUGUUGGAUCGUACGGGUUGGGAUAAACUCCCACGUGAUGCUUUGCGGUUAGACGUACUGAUGUUUGGUUUUGACUCAUUGUCACGUAACAUGUUUAUUCGUCACCUACCACGUACAUACCGUUAUCUCCGUGAAACUCUUCAAAUGAUUGACUUGCGUGGCUACAACAUUGUUGGGGAUGGCACUCCACAAGCUAUCAUACCAAUCCUCACAGGGAAGACUGAACUGGAACUUCCAGAAACAAGAAAACGAAUGGGUGAUAAGGCUUCAUUUGUCAAUAUUUAUCCCUUUGUAUGGAAGGAAUUUCAGGAUAAUGGUUAUGUGACAGGAUACUUAGAGGAUUGUCCUCAUAUUGGCACUUUCACGUACCGAUUAAAGGGGUUUGACUCUCCACCAACUGAUCAUUAUGCACGAACUUAUUAUAUUGCUUCUGCUCAAGAAUACAGUCAUCAUAAAAAAUAUUGCAUGGGUUCUGUACCUCGUCAUAAGGUCGUGAUGAACUAUGUCCAUGACUUUUUCAAAGUCUACCGUGAGAAGCCCAAAUUCAUGUUUAGUUUCCAUGCUGAACUAUCUCACGAUUCACAUAACCUGAUUGGUGGUGUUGAUACGGAUAUGCUGGAAUGGCUCCAAACAAUGAAUGAAGAGGGUCACCUUAACAACACAUUACUGAUCAUCAUGAGUGAUCAUGGUCCACGCUUUGCAGAUAUUCGUAACACACAGCAAGGCAAGCAAGAGGAGCGUUUGCCUAUGUUUGGAUUUGUGUUCCCACCAUGGUUUCAACGUGCUUACCCUCAUGCCAUGGUUAAUUUUAGACGUAACAGCCAGCGUCUCACCGCACCAUUUGACAUAAACCCUACGCUCAAGAAUGUGUUGCAUUACCAAGGUUCAGGGAAAGGAAAUAUUAGGGAUAGGGCCAUUAGCCUUUUCAAGCAGGUGCCAUUGGAGAGGACAUGUCCAGAUGCACAUAUUGAGCCGCAUUGGUGUGCUUGCCUUGACUGGCAGGAAGUAAACCUGCAGGACAGCUUGGUGGUCAGAGGUGCAAAGGCUUUUGUAGAUUUUGUCAACAAUUUGACGGAGUCACAGCGUGAUGUUUGUGCUGAUCUCCACCUGGAACGCAUUCAGUGGGCAGCAAAGUUGAUUCCUAGUGAAGGACUUCUCAGGUUUCAGAAGAAUGCCGACAUUGAUGGCUUUGUUGCUGAUAUGUCAGCACAUACAGUAGUGACACAGGAAGUGUACCAACUAAAGGUCUCCACAAUGCCAGGUGGUGGCUUGUUUGAAGUUUCAAUGAAGUAUGAUGUAAAAGAUGACAGCUUUACAAUCAGAAUCUCAGAUAUAAGUCGGAUCAACCGUUAUGGGUCAGCAGCACACUGUAUUGAACACUCGCAGCAUCACUUACUUCCUUAUUGCUUUUGCAAGGCACCUCUGCCUCAGCCACCAAAAGAAUAGGAAUACCUGAAACAUUGAGUAAAGAGUGGGUAACCUUAUAUGUAUUUUUGGUCAUAAUAAGCCAGAAAACAGAUGAGAUAACAAAAAUGGUCACAAUUAGCAGUGAUAAUGGGCAGCAGAAAGGAAUCUAAUUUCUGUUGUGCUAACAUGAUCCAUAUUUAUGAAAGGUGAGGAGUUUUAUAGUUUCUCCAGAUUGAGUAUGGUUGGAUUCAUCCCUGUUAUACAGUUCACUGUGUCUAAUAAGGCUUAUAUUAUUUAACUUAUAAGUAAUAUAUUAUCAUUAUAGUUAAGAUUGCCUGUGACUGGUUUAUGCAGCUGGCUUGCUAAUCCAGCAUAUUUGAUCUCAUUAUUACUUUCUGUUUGUUGAUUUUCUUUCCCAGGUUGGAGAAAUGCUAUAACCAAAGAUUUUUCAGAUCAUUGUGAAUAUGUUAAACAUUCUUUAAGGGUACUUCAGUGUCACAUUCAUUAGAAUGGUAACAACUUAAACUAACUAGCAGAGUUCUUGAGAAGCUUUACUUACUAACCUGGUUAAGAUCAUCCAUUCCUAUUUAUGCAGCGUGAAAGUUGGUUACUGUUUUUACAAAUGCCUGCUACUGGAUUAUAUCCUGAGCUAGAUUAAUCCAGUCCACAACAUACUCCACUUCUUCAAGAUAAAUUUUUAUAUUGUUGGGACAUCUAAAUGUAAAUAUCACAAGUGUUCUCUUUCCCACGAAUGCAACAUGCCUUGCCCAUCUCACAAUCAGUUUUAUUACCCUAAUAAUAUUAGGUGAAGAAGUGGAUGUGAGGGAUUUCUCAUGCAAAAAUUUGUAAGCAUUUGUGCAGUUUGCCAGAAGACGUGUGUCAUACAUAUUCUGAUACAUGUUUCCAGAUGUAAACCUACCUUAAUGAGCAGUUUUACACAGUUAUUUUUAAAUACCACAACCAAAUAAUUAAUAAUAAGCAUAUGUUUCAGGUAGGUGAGAUGAUGGCUCUUUAGUUUACCGAUAAUCUCUUAACACUGGAUUUAAAGUUAAAAGUCCGGCCAAUCUCCUGUUCUUGUACAAUAAAGGUUGAAAGCUUCCAAGCUUUUAGACCAUUAACCUAAUAUUGUAAGCCAGUACAUUAAGGGAACAGAUUAAUAAAGUAACUUUAUCUCACGAGACAUAAAUUAUACUAGAUUUCUGUAAAUUUGAUAUGACUGAAAAUGACAAAUAGAUAUUUCCAUUAAAUGUACAUACUGGGAAAACUUGGAAGAAAAGUAAUACAUUUUUGGAGAAUGUAAGUCAUAUUAUGGUUGACAAAUUGGUUAAUUUGGAUUCUCUCACAGAGUCAUUGUUCUCAUGAAUGUACAGGUAUUUGGUACUGUAUGAAAUGAUUUUCUUCUAGUGGGUAUUUAAAGACAGGUUUAGAAACAAUUGGAUUUAAUUAUUAUCUUAAUUAUGUUAAACAGUCACU